AUGUCUUAUCUUGAAAUAAUCAGAGGUGUGAAUAGAAAUAGGAUUUAUCGCGGUCGGGAGAUUAGAUAUAGAAUCGUAGUUGUGCUAUGGUCUUUAGUGUUAGUGUUAGUGUUAGGUAGUGUUAGAGGGGGGUGUGGUGAUGGUAUGUGUGAUAGUAAAGUAGACGGUGUUAGUGAUGUUGAUGUGCAGGAAAUAACAACUAUGGAGGGUUGGGAAAAAUCACCGAAGAUGACUGAAGACCUAAAGGCACUUGGGUUUUCGUUUCAGCAUAAGAAGAGUAUCGUCUAUGUUAAGCCCUACAUUCCUGAAGAAGUAGCAGCGGAUGCCUCAAACUCUACUGUCAGUUUAAAUCUAACUAGCUCCACCGAAAGAAAAGACGAAUCUAUGGUGAUGUGGCCAGAGCCAGAGUUGAAAUUCACAAUGCCUAAAACUAGUGAAGUAACCGAAUUGCAGGAGGUUUUGAAUGCAUUGGAGCAUAUUGUUGUUAUCAAAGCCCAGAAGGCAGUAUUUAUCUAUCGACCAAUGUAUUUCAUGACGCCACUCUACAGAGCAGACAUUAUAUCUCAAGUUAUCAACGUGCUAGAGUGUGAGGAGCUGGAACUUAGAAUAGAAGAGUAUGACAUAGAGAGAUACAUGCAUUGGGCUAGUGAAGUAGAGCCCAGUUUGACCGAAUUAGAGGAAACAAUUAGGUGUGCUGCUUCGAAUUCAAAGCACAAUCUCACAAUUAACGUCUGUUGUUUGAAUCCAUCUAUAGUAGAUCUUAUUAGGUUAAAGUUGUCCCAGCGGAAGCUAGUUGCCAAACUCACUCUGAUAGUGACAGUAAUACAGGAUCAAACACGUCUUCUAACCUAUCGCCCAAACCAGGCCACAGCGAGCCAUGAAAAUAAUGUUGAGGCCAGCACCAAUAUUGAUUUCACAGCUCUCCACAAUCAAGAAAUCAAAUGUCAAAGGAUUGUUAUUAAGACAAACAUUGUGUUAACAUUAACUGGUCUUGAGAAUGCUACUACUAACAUUCAUUCCGAAAUAGUUCUAGAGCUGCGUUGGGACACUCUUCUCUAUCUUAUCGAGAAUGCGAAGUCUAUCAUUAAUGUUCAUACUAUUAUAGCUAUUGUUCCUAAGUAUGCUAAGGAACUAUUUCAACCACAUCUUCUUCAAGACCAACCACUCUCUACUCCUCAAAUCAUUGCCACUAAAAUAGUUACCAAAGCCAGCAUCGAGGGAUGUUGGUGUCUUGAGAACAUGUAUAACCAAUACUACAGCCCCGAAGUAUAUGCCAAAUAUGGUAUAUCUGUUGACGAGAGCACAAUUGAGUAUACGAAAAGACAAAAUGGUUUGUUAGAUACGUUAAAGGUCCUUGAAAAGAAUCUAUAUGUGGAUUGUGAGAAGUCGAUAGAACAUGCGACCGCA